AAAGCAACUGUGGGUCAGUUCCUGGGCGUUCCACUGCAGCUGCGCGGAAGUGAAGUCAGCUUGUUUUGUUGCGGAGCUUCCGGUGAAGUAGGGGAACCGGACCUAGAUGAGAUAGGGGGCCUCUGAGUCUUCCUGUGCUGGGGGAGACAUGGAUGUGCUCAAGGCGGAGAUCGAACGGAAGCGAAAGUUGAUGGAAGAGAAGGAGCUGGUGGGGGGAAAUAAAAAAUACUUUAAGCGCAGUGAGCUAGCAAAGAAGGAGGAAGAAGCAUAUUUUGAAAGAUGUGGUUACAAGCCUGUAAACGAGAAGCCACCCGGAGAGGUGCAACAGGAAGAAGAAGAGGAAGAGAAGACAAUAACUUCAUCAAAUCCAGUGUUGGAACUAGAGUUGGCAGAGGAGAAGUUGCCUAUGACACUUUCUAGACAAGAGGUCAUUAGGAGACUGAGGGAACGGGGUGAGCCUAUCAGACUAUUUGGAGAAACGGAUUAUGAUGCCUUUCAGCGGUUGCGGAAGAUAGAAAUUUUGGCGCCCGAAGUUAACAAGGGCUUGAGGAACGACCUGAAGGCUGCUUUGGAUAAGAUUGACCAGCAGUAUCUGAAUGAAAUUGUUGGUGGCCAGGAACAGGGAGAAGAUGACACACAGAAUGAUCUCAAAGUCCAUGAAGAGAACACAACUAUUGAGGAACUGGAGGUAUUGAAGUGCUAUUUCACUUCAAUUAUGGCAUUGGGCGAAUCAUUAGGACAAGGUGAUGAUCAUAAAGACAUGGAUAUCAUAACCAAAUUUUUGAAGUUUCUCCUUGGCGUCUGGGCUAAGGAGUUGAAUGCUAGAGAAGAUUAUGUGAAACGUGGUGUCCAGGGAAAGCUGAACAGUGCCACACAGAAGCAAACAGAAUCAUAUCUAAGACCUCUGUUUCGAAAACUUCGGAAAAGGACUAUUCCUGCAGACAUCAAAGAAUCAAUAACGGAUAUUAUCAAGUUUAUGCUUCAGAGGGAGUAUGUGAAGGCCAAUGACGCCUAUCUUCAGAUGGCCAUUGGGAAUGCACCCUGGCCUAUUGGUGUCACUAUGGUCGGCAUUCAUGCCCGAACCGGUCGAGAGAAGAUUUUCUCAAAACAUGUGGCCCAUGUUCUAAAUGAUGAAACUCAAAGGAAAUACAUCCAGGGCUUGAAGAGACUUAUGACUAUUUGCCAGAAACACUUCCCUACAGACCCCUCCAAAUGUGUGGAGUACAAUGCACUGUGAUGCUGUGGCACUUGGCUUCUGCUCUUGGAUACCCAGACUGGAAGCAAAGAGGGCAACGUCCUUGAGAACUCUUGAUUUGGGGACCAGUGCGGACUGGGGCGAGAGAAAAGGAAGUUGCUCGGUCUAGGAACAGUUGAACAAGUUGCAUGCACUUCUGCUUUGACCAACGUGUGUGUGUUCUUUCAUCAGGAAUGCAUCUUGCAGGCUUAUUAUGAACCACCCCUAGAGGAGGAGGUUUUCUAAGUGUAACUUUCAGCGGAUCAAGAGGUUCAGCUUCUUGGCAUUCAGCCUUUCAAAUGCUUUUGCCACACAUGUGAAGCAGAGUUCUAAUAAUUGCUGCAUAUGGGGCCAUUUUAAUUUCUUGUGCUACAUUUAUAGAACAAUACAUUUCUAAGAAAUAUGCACAAUGAGGUAAAAUGUGACAAUCUUUUGAUAUUUUUUCACAACUCACCUUAAAAAAAAAAAAAAAGCUUUUGCAGGGCAGUAAUGUAAUAACUUCAGUGAUGCCUUUUACUAGGCCAUCCAGUCCUCAAAAUGUAGUGUGUCAUUUUUAGGGUUAACACAGUCAUUGUUCCAUUCUGAAUUAUUUGCAUACCACUCUGCAGAAGAGCAACGAAAAGAAAGCCCCUGAGCAGUUUACAAUCUAAAAUUUGACAAUGUGGCAGGAAGGUAAGAGUUAACAGAGAAAGAAGAUGCAUUUGGAAAUAGACAUGAAGACAAAAGCUAAAUGUUUUGUUGUACAGUAUAAGUACAUCAUAGUAUAAACUAAUAAAAGACUGCAGGCACCCUCAUUGGCCAAUGAGAAGCUAAUAUAGUUUAAAGGUGUAUAUUUAAGGAGUUUUUUUAUUUAAUGAGCAUGAUAAUUCCAAUUCAUUCUAACCAUAUUUCUCAGGAGGGAUAGAUAACUCAUAUGGUGGCAAGUAUAAACUGUUGUGUUAGCCAUUGCAGGUUUUAAGACCCCCUUCAGACUUCUUUUUUCUUUCUUUUAAAAUUAAGAAUGGAGGAAAACCUCACUUUCCCUCCAUCCAACAAAAACAACUUUUCAUAUGUGUAAGCGUAAAAGUAGCCUGUCCUUAAAGGGGACUCAUCUCUUGUGUUUCUGCAUGGAUUAUUGAACUGACCAUGCCUCCUAAGGAACUGGACGUGCUCAAAACCUGGGCCUACAUCGUGGCCAGAACCAGGUCCCAUCCAGCCCUGCCAAUCCAAACGUCUGGAAGCAAAAGAGCUACUGCCAACUGUGGGCCUGGCUCCACGAAGACUGGUAGCUCAUCGCCCCCUACUUCCUCCUGCAGCCCGAGGAGAAUGAGAGGCAGACGGACAGACAAGUCCCCCAGGCGGUCAUCUCCACCAUCCUGAUAUUAGAGUGCCUCUUGACAAACAGCACCAGGGGCAAGCAGAGGAAAAUGAAGCAAGGCCUUGAGCCCCCAGUGGCAACUCCAGGAACAAUGGGACAUGGCCCUGAAGAGAGAGGUGGAGGAAAACCAACAGAGGUAGCAACGGGGCAGGCUCUAGCAUCCAGAGUUGAGAGCACCCAUCACCGAGGAGCCCCUGUGGACGACAGCACUACCCACAAGUGCAGUCGCUCCGAGCCAGCAAACCAUCUGGCGACCCAGUGGGUCACAUGGCUUGGAGAUGUGGUGGCACACCUGGAAGUGCGAGAAGACAAACAAAAGCUGCAGGCAGCACUCCUCACCAUCGAGGAGACCAUGGGGGAAGAGGAAGAGAGGGUGGAAGAAGACACGGAGACAGUCCUGGAGGAGGAGGAGACCCAGGUCACACUUUACUUGCAGAACAGCUCCCGGAAGUCUUGGUCGAGGGCACCCCGUCCCCGAGAACCGCUCAAGCAAGGAGAGUGCAGCCGCAGCCACUGCUGGCAACUGCAGAACAAAGCCAGCACCCCAACAUCUAGAACUUGACCUACCUGCCUACUCAGACCCAGGCGGCUGUCAUCAGGAAAGCGAUGGCCAAACUCUCCACCGAUGGAAAGAAAAGCAAGGCAGCAAGAAAUUAGAGAACUCCCCCCUCACUACUUCCUUGUUGCCAGAACUGAUUUACUCCCCCACCCCCAGCUGCAAGAUGAAGGCGAGCAGGAGGAGAGCGAGGAAGAGGGCAAGGAAGAUCCUGGCUCCCCAUACACCCCUUAAACCUCCCAGGCAACAUCAUUCACCUGGCCGAGGGUGAGGAGGAAGCUGAAGACAUAGAUGUGGAAGCGAUGGAAAUGAUAGAAGAGGGAGCAAGCAGAGCCCUGAGGUCCGCAAGAGACACAGAGGCAUCCCAAGUGCAGCAGGAGAAAUGAAGGGAACUCCAGAGGCAGAGAGAACCACAGCAAACGAAAGAGCCCAACCAGCAAAGGCAAAGACUGGCCACAACAGACACAUCUGCGUGAACAGUGCUGCUCCCCACAGCUGUCCCGCCAGAGAGAAAGACCUAUGUGCAGGCAGCCACAGGCAGAACCGACGCAACCUAGUACAGAUGGGCUGAGCAGCCAGCGGCAGCGCAAGAGGUGCUAGUGGAGCCGGGCGAGUACCAACUGACGGCCCUGGAAGAGAGAAUCAUCCGAAAGUCUGGGAGAAGCACAGUGCUGGCAGCCAGCCUGGUGGCAUAAAGGAGGAGGGAGGAGCAAAGAGCACACAGCCUCCUGCUGCCGUGACCGGGUGACCUCCAUGGGAGCAGGGCGGGCAUCCGACAGCUGGGAGGAGGUGGCAGAGGCACAGUCAAGGUCUUCGGGAGCCGAGAGGAAGAGGAGGCAGGCUUUUACUAUGGCUGAGGCACCCUGGCCACCCAGGAAGAAGUCAGGUGGCUGAUGGAUUAACACUACUGGGUUGAGAACAUUGAGAGCCUCACCGUGGCUUCUGGGGAGUCAUGUACCUCCCUAGAACAGCUGGGGCUCAGAGAUGUGGCUAUGCAGGUACCAAACCAAGUGGAGUUCUGCCCAGUGGAGCACCUGCCCCACUAUAGCGCCUGCUUUGGAGCCCCCAGCAGCAACAGCCGUGGUGGAUGGGAGUGAAGGACGGGAGCCCGAUGCAUGCAUUUUGGCAGCCAGGGGGCGGUGAGGAUCAACCGCAUUUGGGCACCCCCAGACCUUGGGGUGUACAGGUGUUGGUUGAUCCUCAACCCCUGGUCCAACUAUGCCAUUCUGGCUCUGGGUGCCAGCGUGGAAAUCAACCAACAGUCUUCAGUCUGAGAAAUAAAGAGGGCAGAGCUCCAAGUCAGCUGGAUCGAGGAGUAGGUCUGCAAAGAAGAGCUGGAGCGUGUUCUUGAACGAAGAGCGUGUCUGACAGUCCAAGGCGGAACAGCAGACUGACAGCCUGCAUGGGAGGCUGCCACUGAGGCCGAGGCCAAACUAGUGGUGGGAAGAAACCAAGAGGGCCCUCAAACGCCCUCAGAGCAGUGACUCCAAGCAGAGAUGCAAAGGUCAUCCUCCUCUGAAGGCAGAUAAUUCUGCUGUGAGUCCGCUUCAAGAAUGCUUGAACUACUUGACGCUUGAUGUAGAGUCACAGAGGAAUUACCCACUCUGCUGUCGAAGCUGAUUGGAAAGAAUUGAGGCCACAGCAGGUCUCUGAACCUAUGCAGACCUGUGUGCUUUGGACUCGCAGGAGCUUUUAAUUAUUGAAUGCAUUUCUCAUGGCAGACUGGUGUGCUAUGGCACACACUUUGUGAAUUACUGUCUCAAGGCUCAGUGGAGGUUCUUUAGGGCCGCUUGGAUACCUUAGUCUGCGUGAGCAUGUAUGGUUUAAAUACAAUGUAAGCAGUGCCUAGUUUUAUAAAAUGUGCUUUGGCUUCCAGCGAUUAAAAUUCUAUUUGAGUCCCAUUCAAGACCCCCCCCCCCAUUCUGCCAGGUGUUUGACACUGGGUUUUUAUUGAUUUGUUUGUCAAACUUCUGGCUCUCUUGUGUUCCUCCUUUUUUAACCCCCACCCUCCACUUUCAUUGAAAUCAGCAGAAUUUUCUUAAAUAUUAUCUGUUUGUAUCUUAUAAAUGAUACAGACUUAUGGUCACUGUAAAUUUGGUUUUCUUUUUAGGAAGUUGUGCAUAAACACUCCAGUCAACACUUAAAAUGCUUAUUAGAUCUUUAUUUUUUAAAAAUCUGGUUCCAUUCCUUUUAGCCAUUUGGUGCCAUGAAGAUGAGGGAAUGAUUAUAAGGUAAAUAUUGCGAUUGCAACUGCUUUUGUGCCAGGUUCCCUUUGGAGCCAUGUGGAGGUCACUGCUCCCAGCAUGCCCAUCUCCAUACAGUAUGGCACACUUCUGGUGCGGGUAGGAUGAACCCCAUACUGCCUCAGCAACAGUUGUGAAGGUGGGCAUGAAGCACUAGGAGGUGUAGUCCUUUCAAGCACUCUUCCCAUAGAGCUCUGUGGGAGAGGACUACACUUCCCAGCACUCCACAUGUGCCUUCCCAGGUAUUGCUGGGACAAUGUGGAGCUCGUCUUCCUGUAAAAGAUCUCUCCCCAACCGCUGGUACUAGAAAUGUGCAGUACUGCAUAGAGGAGGGCACACUGGGAGGGCAGCUGUUUCCAAAGAGGCUUGAGAUGUUCCAAAGCACAGUCCUAGUAGCAGCCACAUUUUGUGGGUUUGCCUCCCUUGACACUCCUAUAAUAAGUACUGGGGUGGUCAUAUGGGAGGGGACAGUGAUGUGUCUUGGCGUAGCCAUGUAACUACCCCCCUCUCCCCAGUAGGUGGCAUAUUGUCCUCUGCAGUGCUUUAAUUCCCUGUCUUGAAACAAUUCAUAGCGAUAUACAAAUCCCUUUUUAAAAGAAUGUAGAGUAUGUAAAGAUGAGGCAUCAGGCAGAGUUUGCAAGUGAAGGAAGGAGAGCAAAGCACCCUGUUGGUUCGUGCAGAUGCUGCUUUGUGUGACAGGGACAAAUAAGGUUGAGAAUCUCUGUGUCUUGCUGGAGAAUGUGUACUUCCGGCCAGAAAUGGCGGUGGGGUGGGGAGGGAACCAGCAUUUGGAUUUUUAAAAAUCUUCACUAUUUAACUUGCCCUAUAAAAGGAUAAUGGAACUGCUUGACUUUCUUUUGGCUCCCUUUAAUACAGUAUCUCCAUGGGGUUUUUUUGUCUCGCUCUGUCAUUUGACAUCUCAUAGGCUGGGUAAUGUUUCAGUCUCAAGUAUGAAAUCCCAGGAGAUGAGAUCAAAAGCUUUUCAGUUUAGAACUAAUAAGUAAAAACUUGUGAAAAAAUGUAAGUGGAGGUUGGAGGAGGCAGGACUGUAGUUGAUCUGACUUGGAAUACAUGGGAGCAGGUAUCAAGGUGCCAUUAAAAAAUGUGGUGGGUUGUAAACCCAUUCUCUGUGCACAACUCAAGGGCAUUUAAUAUAGCAAGAAAUAUUGCUUGCAUCACAACACUCUUCUGUGUCUUGCCACAAUUUUCCAAAUCCAGUCCUUUAGCUUGGCCUUGGUUGUGAACUCUCUAAAUAAUUCGACACAUUGCUGUCUCUUUUAAAUAAGAGAACUAUAAUUUUGCCAUAGAGGAAAAAGGCAAGGAGGAGCACAGUUUCUUAAAGAGAGAGAAGCAGAUUCCUUUGGGGAUUUGGAAUGCUUUUUAGUGAUAGGAUGUGUCACUCUGAGGAAGUAUCCUCUAUAGUUAAUGUAAAUAGAUGGUUUUAGAUGGUUCUAAAUGGAAUUCAAAAAGAAUGUACAAAGGUGUUUUGGAGGCAAUGCAUGUCAAGUGACAAUUCCUUUCUGAACAAUCAUCUUAAUUUAUGGGCUAUCUUAGCUACUAGCUGGUGGUCCCUAAAACAAUCUUCCUGUGCCAUAUUGCAUCCUGUGUCAGAAAAACUUUAUUCCUUAACCAUCUAUGGAAUGGGACCUUGUUGGAAACAUAAAAACUGAAAAAAAAUAGUUCUUCAUGGCAUUUUUUAAUAUAAAAGUUUCCAGCCAUCCCAACUGUGAGAGCCAGCUGCAGCUUGUACUGUGUCACUAUGAGCAUACUGCCAUGUCAAAUGUUUUUCAUUCCUAGCUUAAGGGAUGCUCUUUGCUGCUAGGGUUGACUUGAAUUGCAGUCCUAAGCUUGUGUUCAGAUAGUUAACUAUCCCCUUUUUCAAGAAGACGAGUUCAGAGCAAGGAUUUCCUGGCAGCCUUCUAGGGCCUGGAUAACUAUCACCAGCUGCUGAGUAAGACAACUGUUUUUCGAUUGAAUUGGACAGUUCUGGAAGGUUUCUUGAGCCUUGAUAAACAACCUUGCAUUAUAUCAUAGUGGAGGGCUGUGUGCAGUUUUGUAAUAGUUUCAUGAACAGGAAGUUAAAAAACAUUUUUUUGGUAGUAUUGCAGCUUUAGGCUACAUUCUUAUGAAAAAUCCUCAGCUUGGUUUUGGCCCAGCUGGCUAUUUUGCACGCACAUGAGGAGAGAUUGGUCACACAAAAACGAACUAAAGAUUUUCAAGCUUGCUUGCGAACAUGAGAGCACUCUAGUUCAUUUGCUGGUACUGUUAAAUGUUCCUUUUCAGUGCGUGCAUAUAACAAUACACAUGAUUCAACCAGUAACUGAUUAUUUCCCUUUCCAAAUCUCUGGCCAAGGAUAUUAGAUGGAUCACACAUUUAUAUGCACAAUUAACUGGCUAAUGCACAAUGUUAUUUGUAUGGUGACAGGCCUAUGCUUGCCCCCUCAGAAGACUUUCUUGGAAGAUUCCAUGUCUGAACUGGAGCAUAGAGAAAACUGUCUUCUAUUUUGAUUGCAAAGCCUACAUUAUUGAAGCUGUGAUUUUUAAAGGGAUUGGGAUAGCUUCCCUCCGCAUAGUAUUGUAGAAACAUCUCGCAGCACUAGACUCAUGGCCCACAAAAUAAAGAUGAAAUGUCAUGUUAAGCAUAAAGUAUGCCAUGUAGAGGGAACGGGAAAAUAGUAUUUCCCUGGAUCAGUUUUAAGGUCCUUUCAUUUCUGAAUUGGUGCUGUAUAAUCUAGAAAGAGACUUUCAUGGAUAAAAAAUGUCUGAAAAAUCAGCCCAAAAUAUUGUAUAUUGUUUGUUGUGUUCAGUUGUGCACCAGUUUGGGUAAUUUUCAAUCUAAAUGUGGUACAAAUAAAAGUAUUUUAGGAUCA